UUCGAAGUAUGCGCUGACUUGUCGCUGACUUUACAAACGCUCUUCGUUUGUUUUCAGCUUCAGUUUUUUUUUUUUGAAAGUCAAGGUGUGAAGGUGUGAAUAGCAGCAAGGCAGUCAUGGAUUAUGAAUUUAAACAGAAGACACAAGUUGAACGUGCCAAAGUUGAAGAUAACUUUGAAUUCGAAGGCUGCAAAGUGGGUCGUGGUACCUAUGGCCAUGUGUACAAGGCCAAGAGAAGAGAUGGGAAAGACGUGCGCGAGUACGCGCUGAAGCAGAUCGAGGGCACGGGCCUCUCCAUGUCCGCCUGUCGCGAGAUCGCCCUGCUGCGCGAGCUCAAGCACCCGAACGUCAUCAACCUGCAGCGCGUGUUCCUGUCGCAGCCCGACAGGAAGGUCUGGCUGCUCUUCGACUAUGCCGAACACGACCUUUGGCACAUCAUCAAGUACCACCGGGCGGCCAAGGCCAACAAGAAACCGGUGCUGGUGUCGCGUGGCAUGGUGAAGUCGCUGCUGUACCAGAUCCUGGACGGCAUCCACUACCUGCACGCCAACUGGGUGCUGCACAGAGACCUGAAGCCGGCCAACAUCCUCGUCAUGGGAGAGGGUCCGGAGCGCGGCCGGGUGAAGAUCGCCGACAUGGGGUUCGCGCGCCUCUUCAACUCGCCUCUGAAGCCGCUGGCAGACCUGGACCCGGUGGUGGUGACAUUCUGGUACCGAGCGCCCGAGCUGCUGCUGGGAGCCAGACACUACACUAAGGCCAUCGAUAUCUGGGCGAUCGGCUGCAUCUUCGCCGAGCUGCUCACCUCAGAGCCCAUCUUCCACUGCCGCCAAGAGGACAUCAAGACGUCGAACCCGUACCACCACGACCAGCUGGACCGCAUCUUCAACGUCAUGGGCUUCCCGCAGGAGAAGGACUGGGAGGACAUCCGCAAGAUGCCCGAGCACGGCACGCUGCUGAAGGACUUCAAACGGUCCAGCUAUGCCAACUACUCCCUGGUCAAGUACAUGGAGCGGCACAAGGUGAAGCCCGACAGCAAGUCCUUCCACUUGCUGCAGAAGCUGCUCAUCAUGGACCCCACCAAGCGGAUCACCUCGGAGACGGCCAUGGUGGACGACUACUUCAAGGAGGAUCCGCUGCCCACAUCAGACGUGUUUGAGGGCCACAGUAUACCGUACCCGAAGCGCGAGUUCCUCACGGAGGAGGACCAAGAGGACAAGUCCUCGGCCAACAAGGUGAGAAAGGGAGCAGAGUCUCACGGUCAGGCGGCCAAGCGGGUGCGGCUGGGCCACGGGCCGCACCAGGUCACCUCGCAGGCCAGCGACAGCCACGGGCACCAGAUGAGUCGGCAACAGCAUUCCAGUCACAUGAGUCAGCAACAGCAGCAGCAACAGCAACAACAGCAACAACAGCAGCAGCAGCAGCAACAGCAGCAGCCGCCGAGCAGUAUGAGUUUCGGCCAGGCGAGCGCGGGUGGACCCAACCCGAGCCAGUAUGGCCAGCGGUACUGAGAGGCGACCGUCGCUGAGCCGCUGUUGCUGCUGCCGCCGCCUCCCGCUCACAGCGGCAGGGCCGGGUGGGGGACCGGGCCGCUGCCGCCUGGACUGUCACUGGCGGCAGACGACUCCCGGUGGAUCACCACUGCCGGUAUGUGUGACAGAGGACAGCUGCCGACAAUGCGGUCGGCUGGUCCGGGCAGUUAUCGAUACUGUCCCCAGUGGGAUGCGGUAACCGACAGUUACUUGUGGAGAACCACUGCCGAUGGCGGCGGAGAACAGCUGCCGAGGCUGGUAGCGGCGGAUGAGACAGCUCCCGAGCGUUUUACCAGUGGGGGACAACUACCCAACUAUCGGCAGUGAAAGGCAGCUUACGUCAGCAAGAGAAAACUCCGGACUGUGUCCAUUGGAGGACUGCUGUGUCGAUGUCAGCAGUGAAGGAAAUCUGUCGUUCCUACUUCCACCGGAGGACAGGUGACUCUUCAGUGGACGCUGCCCCGCCGAGGCAUGGGCCCCCAAGGCCGAGAGCACUGUGACAGUGUGAUUAGGGCUUUCUGAACGUUUCACCGUGCCCGCGACGUGUACGCCGCGUCGCUACUAGGCCAUUCCUGUGGCACGAUACUCGACAGUGCAAAUGGUCCGUCUGGGAAAGGGUGAGCGUGCUGAGCGCGAUUUUAUUCAUCUGGUUCUUCCAGAGCGCCGCCACUACUCAGCAGAGAUGUCGCCCCUGCGGCCGUGACAGUAACCGUGACCAGACUGUCACGGCAGUAGGCGGCAGUCAGUGACUCACUCAGUCUGUGAACUGAGUCGGUCAAGUGGCGCGCUGGUUCCCGACGCGUUUGGGGCCAGACGUAUGUGAACGUGUAACCGAUGACCCGCCGUGUCACGGCGCCCUCCCCUGCGCGAUGUCUGGCGAUUCUGAUUCAGGAGUACCUCCUUAGUUGUGGGUGGGUAAGAGAGCGACCCUGUGCCCCGUAAAGGUGCGAUGUUUGUAGUUAGUUUUGAUGAUCGUGGAUUGUGGUGCCUUUUGUACAAAAUACAUAUUCGUGACAAAUAA